AUGCCCACCGUAGAAGACUACUUUGACGACGAUACCGACAUCCCUCUCCCCUCCACCUCCUCCCGCCACCUCCCGAAUACAGGCGGCCAGGGAGCGCUCCUCGAGGAGAUUUCAUCUGACGACCCGGACGUCCCCGAGCUGGACUAUGACAAGAUCGCAGAACAGAGUCGGGGGAUCUAUGGCGAGGGUCAAAAAGCUCCUCCGCCUUCCUCGUACAAGGGAAAAGUGGCAGUGAGGGAUGAGCCGGGAGAGAUCCGGCCAACGAGCGGGGGAGCGGGGCCAGCAGCGAAUACGCCCAUGGGCGGGUUUAUGGGCGAUAUGAUGCGUCUGCAGCAGGCCGAGGAGGAGAGGAUGGAGAAGAUGAGGCAGCAAUUUGGAGGGGCGCAGAUCACUCAGAGUAUGGAUUACAAGGGCUGGAAUACUGUCUACCCCAUCUACUUUGACGCCAAGCUGUCCAUCAGCGAUGGCCGGAGAGUCAAGCGCGAAGACGCAAUGUGGUGGCCUCAGGCCAGACAGAUUGGGCGGGCUUGUCAGGCUUUGGGUCUCCAGAGCGUGCUCGAGCCUGAUAAGACACAUCCGGCGGACUGGGAAAACCCUGGACGAGUCAAGGUCCAAUUCGAGCGAGAUGGGCGUUUCAUCAACCCUAUCGUCAAGAACCGCACGCAGCUCUACCGCCAGCUCGCCAAGAUGAUUCAACAACAAGAGCCAUCGCUAGCGUACAAGCCCACACCCAAGAUCGCUCGAAAAUCAUACACCUUCCCCCUCAAGGUUAAAGCCAAUGCCAAGGCCGUACCCGCAAAUGCCAAAUCCCAGCCCACACCCAAUGCCAAGUCCGGCAAGGCCUCUAGCUCCGCUACCCGACCUACGGUCCGCCGACACCCUUAUGGCUCACCCCGGCCACCCCGUCCCACCCACAUUCCCCCGCUAGACGAUAGGCUGCCACUGCACUCGCCGGUAGUACAGACGGGCGUGGCUGUCGCGUCGGUUAAGCGGGAGCUGGAAACUGAGAAGGAGAAUAAGAGGAAGGGGAUCGGGGCGGGAGUUGGUGCAGGGGGGGAGGAGAAGGCGGAAGGUGGGAAGGAGAAGGCGCCGAAGAUCAAGAGGAUGGUCGUUAGGGGGAAAAGAUAA